GUGGCGGUGGCGCAGCAUGGCGGCGGCGGAGUCGCCGUCCUCGGGUGGCCCCGGGGCCGUGCGGUUGCCGCGGUCGCCACCACUCAAGGUGCUGGCAGCGCAGCUGCGGCGCCACGCGGAGGGAGGCCCGGGCGCGUGGCGGCUGUCGCGGGCGGCGGCGGGCCGCGCGCCGCUGGAGCUGGCGGCCGUGUGGAUGCAGGGCACCGUGCUGGCGGCGGAAGGCGGCCAGGCGCGGCUGCGUGACCCGAGCGGGCCCUUCUCCGUGCGCGGCCUGGAGCGCGUACCGCGGGGCCGGCCUUGCCUGCUCCCAGGAAAGUAUGUGAUGGUGAUGGGUGUGGUUCAGGCCUGUAGUCCCGAGCCCUGCCUACAGGCUGUGAAGAUGACGGAUCUUUCUGACAAUCCUGUCCACGAAAGCAUGUGGGAACUGGAGGUGGAAGAUUUACAGAGAAACAUCCCUUAGAGCUGGGCCUCCGGGAGCAGCUUUCCCUGGAAGUAAUUUACCACCAUGUGGGUCUGGGACAUCGCAAGUUUCAUGAGGAGAUUUGCCUUGGUGGAGCCGGACGUCUGGACCCUGGGAGCUGGAGCUUCCGUUAACUCCGCCUCCUCUCUGCCCAGGCCUUUGGCUGCUUGUGGAUGGGAAGCAGAUGCUUUGGGCUUUUUCCCCUUUAGUCAUUUAUGUUCAUUUUUCUCUCUCUAAAGCACAUGGAAAUCUCACGUUGCCGUUUCCUGAUUUGGCGAGUGAUAACACUUUCUGCUUUAAGAUGCAAAAUCUAAGUUUCAGUUACUGCCGGUGGGAUAAAGUGCGGUUAGGAGGACAGAACGGCAUUGCGGCCUGUCUCCCCAUCCCCAGCUGCCGGGUGCCAGCAAGCAGCCCUACAGACAGGGCUCUCUCUGCUCCAGAAUGCUCAUUCCUGAAACAUUGUGAGACCAGCUGCUGAGAAUGGUUGGAAUAUUCUCAGAAUUCUCUGUUGAAAUUAAAAAUCCAGGAUGGAAACAGACUUUUCAAAUACUUCUGCUACAAAACUUUUGUGAGAGAUAGCCAGGGAGGGAAUAGUCUGCUGGCUUAGAGUCCUGACCCUUCUGCACGAAAUGUCUUUCUGUUGGGAUUGCAUCACUGUUGGGUUUUGGCUUUCUGCUGAUCACCCAGGCUAGAUUCAUGUUUGGAUGGUCAAGACCAAGGCAGUCCAUAUUAUGUUCCCACACCGCUGCAGCACUUUGCCCAGAUGACUGAUAGUCUACCACUAGUAACAUUUUUGUAUGACUAGUUUUUAAAAAUAAACAUGAUUAUUUAUUUGUUUAUUUUAAA